AUGCUGAAGUGAAAAGCCGCCGCGUUACACAAUACUGUGCCUGCCGAGCAAAUCCGCUGUUUAGUUUAUGCAGUUGUAUUCAGUUCAGCGCUAAAGGUGUCAUCAACACUCACAAGCCGGAGGACGGAUAGGGAGAACUCCGUGUUUUUCUUCCGUUAUGUGGACGGUUGAAGAACCAAACCGUCUUACUUUUAUAAGUUGACUUACGCCUGUAGAAACUUAAAAAGUAACGUAGGACUACAUACACAGAGAAAGUGUUGUUGAAGAGAGAACAGUUUUCUUGACUUGGACCAAACUAUAAGCCAUGGACGACCAUUGUGCAUCUCUGAUGUUCACUUGAGAGUGUAUAGUUUCCAGUGGGAUGACGAUAGUUAUUUGAGUUUCUGCAACGGAAAACAAGUUUGGCGCAAUGAGGUGCAUUACAAGGCUCGCACUGGUCGGUUCGGCGUUGGUUGCAGCCUUGCUCAUCCAUGCCUUCAUGAACGUGAGCCUCAGUGAUGGAGAACGGCAUAAAGCAUUAGAGAGGCAAGUACAUCGCAUGGGAGACGAAUCUACGCCGAAGCACAGUGAGGAUAAUCGUGUUAAGACGGUCGCCAACGUAGAGACACAAGCUGAAGGCGUCAAGCUGACAAAUGUCUCGCAUCCCCUCAACAUCUUCAAAGAAGAAGGACAUCCCAAGAUACCCCGUCAUCAACGGAAUACAGACGAUGGACUGGAGCACAAGACAGGAAACAAUGACAAGAUACCCCACCGGCUGAAUACAGAUGACAAGCUGGUGCGGGAGGCUACGAAGAAUGAUGAUAACCCGCCAGCACUCGCCGACCAAUCAGCGAGCGGAGAAAACAUAGCUGACGAACUCCACGUGUUGUACCAGGAGUUGCGCAGUGACCCCGCGACCGUAUCCAAGGAAGUGAUGUUGGCCCAGAAGUUCACCUUCAUUAGAAUAGCAAUGUGCGGGAGCCAGUCACUCAUCAACCCCAUGGCAACGGUUGCCAAGAAAAAUGUCCCUUCUCUAACUUUGACUAUGGUACCUGAAAGCAUCACCAAACGAAGGGGUGAAGGAUACGCGUUCAACGAGAAGCUCAUUUUUGAAUAUUUGUAUCGAUAUCCCAUCCCUUACCUAAGCAUCGGUGGUCACCGCUUCAUCAACUUCCGAAGGUACGGCGACUUUCAGCCAAUCUCCUUAACCGUCUUCGCUGACCCUGUGGAGAGGUUCACCAAGCUGUUUUACCUCAUCCGGAAGGUGUACAUGAGGCAAAAACGAUGGGGAAUGAAAGCUAAGAGUAACAUCCAGCUCAGACCAGAAGCAAGGAACACCACUCUUGCGAGAUGCGCCAUGCUACUUGAUAAGAACAGGCUGGACUCCAGGCUUAGCCAGAUAAUCCAGAGGAAAUACUGUGGCUUCGAACUAUCGUCCCUCGCACGCGUAAUGUGUGGGGAGGAUAAGCGAUGCAGCCAGCAUGAUGCAACCAACUACACCCUGCAAGAGGCACUCAAGAACUUGGAGGACUUCCUCGUGGUUGGCUUCGCUGACGAUAUGGAGACGACUGUUAGAGUCAUGGAGAGACUUCUGCCGUUCUACUUGACUGGUUACCAACAGGAAUUUCUGGACCAAAUUGAGAAGGAAACGAAGAGGAUACAUUCCUUGGAGGUGACUAACAUGCUACGGCGGGUGUUGGAGACUGACUAUGUGUUGUAUGAUGCAGCGAAGGACCGCUUUGAAAAACUGAAGCAGGAACUGAAAAUUGGAUGAGUGGCGGACGGUAAAAAUCUGCACAGGUGAUGAAUUUGUGUCUGAUUGGCUUUCCGUUUAUUUGAUAUUCGCCUGUUUGGCAUUCGACUUGACAUUCGCCUAAUGAGGUUUGAUGAGCAGGCGUAGUUCGAAAUUUGGAUGGACUCUCUGUCUUUGGUUUGUAUUGCGCAUGCCUUGAUGAGUAUAAUUAGGACACUGCCAGGUCACACGUGAGGGUUAGAUUCAUCAGUGUGUCCAUGGUACGGGUGCAUUAACGACAGCGUUCGAUUAGUGUCAACCACCACUGCCCCAGCUCGCGAGCGGGUCUUGUGGCUGUCCGGGUACCGUAACCGGACGAUUUCGUGGCAAGCUAGAUUAAAAAUGGUGGGAAACUCAAUACGAAGUGAGUACAAUGGAGAUAUUUAUGACACAAAUAUUCCCCAAUUAUUAAGUGUUCAAUUGGAUGGACAUAUUUUUUUUUAUAUCUUCCGAUUCCAGCAACUAUUGAUCUGCUAACAGUGAUAAAACUUUGUUUUUACCAGUGAGGCAUACCAGGUGUGUUUGCAUUUUAAAGUCCCCCGCGCAACAACCAUUGACCUUAACUUUUCAGAAUGCCAGGCGAAUACACCCCAGCGUUCGAUUAGCCUCAUUUCGUGGUCCCGGAGUGUAAACCCCGGGUAUACACCGGGAAGCUACUCCAACACAUCCAAUGUAAUUAAAGAGACAAGAUUUAAUACAUUCCAAAGUGUAUAUAACACAGGAAAAGGCCGCCAUGGUACGUUUGAAAUCAGUCAUGCUGGCACGCGAUUUUCUUUUUUUACCGUUUUUCUUCGGAAGUUGUUGGAUUUACAGAUUUAUUGAUCGCAUUAUUGAUCGAUUUCCGAUUGACUGAUCAAUAUUUGACGCAAGGAUCGACCAUUCACUAAUUCAAUGGACUGAAUGAUUGAACACAUUGAUUUACUGACUGCGAUACAGCUUUAUUGAGCGGUUAACUUCCUUCCAAUAUUGGAUUUCGCUAUUGGAUUAUUUUUUUUCAGUUUGAGUAUGCCCACAUACGACUCGGUGUGGACUUUCAGAUUCUUUGCAUAUAAAUUGCCGUGUGAAAGAGAAAGUAUCCUUAUAAAUGGUGUCAAUCAUUUUAUUCUAUGCGGAUUUAUAGACCUUAUGCGUAGCAGCCAUCAUAGAGGAUACUGCCUUGUAUUGCUGGUACACGUAUACAAUGUAUUGUAUACAAGGCAAUGUAUAUACAAUGCAGGUACAUACCAGCAUUGUUAUUAUGUACAUUGUAUACAAUUGCUGGUACAAUGUACCAGCAAUGUAUAUACAAUGUAAUGUAUACUGCCUUGUAUACAAUGUAUUGUAUACAAUGUAUACACAUG